UCCGAGCCAGCGCUCUCUGUCUGCAGUCAUGCCUUCUAACACAGCCGCAAGCAUGUUCGGUGGAGCCGGGGGCAGAGGCUCCAGGGUGUCCGUGGCGAGCCUGCAGGGGCUGCGUAACGUGAUGCGUAACGAUCCGGAGAGAGACUCCGCCGCCCCGAAGGAAGCGGCACCCACCGCCGCUGCCGCACCGCCUCCACCUCCCGCUGCCGCUCCUGCUGCUGCCGCCCCCGCCGACGACAAGCAGACCCUGCGGGGUCUGAACGACCGGCUGUCAGGCUACCUGGGCAGGGUGAGGCAGCUGGAGAAGGAGAACAGCGACCUGGAGAAACAGAUCGAUGAUAUUCUGGCCAAGAGGAAAGCACCGGAGGGGCGCAACUGGGAUGAUGUGGAGAAACCCCUGGAGGACCUCAAGAAGAAGAUCAGAGACAUCACCAUGGAUAACGCCAAGCUGCUGCUCCAGAUCGACAACACCAAGCUGGCUGACGAGGACUUCAAGAACAAGCUGAAGGAUGAGACGGAGGCCAGGAAGGAGCUGGAGAAAGACAUCGAAGAUCUCAAAAAGACCAAAGAAGACACCAGGCUGAACUGUAAGCAGACGAAGAAGGAGAUCGAACUGGUGAAGGAGGAGCUCGCUCGCCUCAACCAGGAGCACAAAGAGGAGGUGGAAGUCCUGCGUGAGAAGAUCAGGGACUCGGAGGUGAACGUGGAGAUCGACUCCCAGAACUCCAACCUGGCCGAGAUGCUCAACAAGAUCCGAGCCCAGUACGACAAACUGGCCAAGAAGAACCUGAAGGAGACGGACGAUUGGUAUCAGAGCAAGUUUGACAACAUCAAGGUGGAGGAGGCCCAAAACAACGAGGCCUUGAACUCCGGAAAGGUGGAUCUCAAGGAUCUGCUCAAGAAGAAGCAAUCUCUGGAGGUCGAGAUCCAGAGUCUGCACAGCACGAUCUACCAUCUGGAGGAAACCCUCAAGAACACCAAAGUAGACAACGGUCAGCGCCUGGCCCCCCUCAACCAGGUGAUACUGGACCUGGAGCAGGAGCUGAGGAAGGUCAGGGCGCAGGUGGAGCACCAGGUGGAGACCAACAACAACCUGGUGUGUGUCAAGAUGAAGCUGGAGGCGGAAAUAGAUCACUACCAACAGCUGAUUCAAGGCAUGACGGCCGAUCCUGAAAGCUUGGAGUUUUCUUUAGAGGACGCGGUGCAGAGCGAUCCGCCAAAGCCUGAGGAGGAGGUGCCCAGGAAGCGGGAGGAAGUGCAAGAAGAAGCCCUGGUGAAGCAAGAAAGUGCCCCUGCUGACAAAUCCACUCCCCCAAAAGCCCCUGAAGACGCCCCGGCCGAGGCAGAACAGCUGGACGAGGACCCAAUCAAGGCCGAGACGGUCGCUACUGAGAAGGUGGCGAGCGACGGCCCCGCAAAGAAGAAGAAAUCAAAAAAGUCCAAAAAUAAGAAAAAUUCAUCCUCUUCCUCUUCUUCUUCCUCCUCCUCCUCAUCUUCCUCCUCCUCCUCCUCCUCCUCUGAUAAUGAAGAUGAAAAGCCCAAGGAGUAGCUCUGCUCUGUUCCUCCUCUAUCGCAGCAUCGUAUCAAACUGUUUCUCACUGUCGCUGCCAAACCUGUAAAGCCACUAUGAGCUCCUGAGGGAGUUGGUUUUUUCCUCGCAUGUCGCCGAAUAAAUAAAUAAAUAAAUAUGGUAUUGAAAAAGUCACCCAGGAGUGUUUCAUUUAGUCUGUUGAUACGUUAAUCAUGUGGCAAUUGUUGUUUACCUUCAUAUGAUGUACUUCAAAAAAUAUUGAGAUAACACAGCUGAUUUUAUAUUUCAACAAAAUAUCCUUGACAACUAAGUGAUGUGAGCAAACCUCUUCUUAAGUCGGAACAUAAGUUUAAAAUACAUUUACUUUAGUGUAAGAGCAUUUACUAAACUGUUACCAUUAAAUCUUUGUUUUAGCUCUAAUAUGUAGCUCUAUGUACGACAUUCAAUAUCAAUAUGACAAGUGAACUACCAGCUAUAAUGGACCAGCUGCAUAGAAAAUGCUCCCUGCACACUAGGAAAUGAAAUAUCAUCAGCAACAAAAGACAAAAUUAAUCAAACUGAAUCCAUAAAUGGAGUCAACAUCCAGUGUCUGUUACUGUAGCAGUCUAGCGAUCUCGUUACAAGGAAAUUGUCGACUAAAUAAAUUCAACCGAAGUCUGUUCGUGUCAACAGAAACACCACAUGCGUUUGUAUAAGAGUCACGCUGUUGUCAGUGCAGACAACUGCCAUAGAGCUUUUUUUUUUGUAAGAGUGAUUUAUUUAUUUCUUCAAAUGAAGAUGGUACAGACGACAUGAAAGCACAGGGGAGGGAGGGAGGAAGAGGGGGACUGAAUUCAUCCAACAGGUGGAUAUUGCAUGGUGAGGUGGGUCGAGGGGGGCAAGCAAGAGUACCAAAUGGAGUAAAAGAUAUCGUAUCAAAAAUUU